AUGUUAAAUAAUCGGCCAAAAUCUCACUGCACAGUCUGCAAUCAGGAAUUACACUUUCGCUGUGCAGGAAUAACAGAGGCCGGGUAUCGGAAACUUGGUGACAGAAGGCUUACGUGGCGUUGCAGUAGUUGUAAGAUAAGUGCCACUAAUCUAAUGUCUGGCAAUGCUUCUCAACCCGUUACACCAAUAUCGUCGCCUACACCUGUGCCGGACACCCAGUCUAUGGUUCUGCAGGAAAUCCGUGCGUUGGCGUUAAAAUUUGCCACAUUGGAAAAUAUGAAGGAAGACAUCAUCGCAUUGAGGAAUGAGUUUGCUGAGUUCAAAACAGCCAUGGCAAAUCAAUACAGCGAGGUCAUGAAAGAGGUCACCGGGAAGUUAAAUGACAUGGAGCUGCGUAUCGUGAGGGUUGAGAGGGUCCAGGACCAGGUGGAACAGCUGCAAGCCCGAUUGGAUAAAUUAGAAGACGACAACAGCAAUAGAGAUCAGUGGUCGCGUAUGAAUAAUAUCGAAGUUAAGGGAGUGCCUCAAACAAGCAACGAGAACUUAUUUGAAAUAAUAGCCAAAAUUGGUGCAAAAAUCAACUAUCCAGUCUCGAAAAAUCAAAUUAACUUCAUCACUCGAGUGCCUACCAGUGAAAAAGACCGUAUAAAACCUAUCAUAGUCCGUUUUUGCCAACGUUACGUAAAAGAAGAUUUUAUAGCAGCUUCUAGGUACGAACUAAAGACCUCACCUUUGACGCCAGCUACAAUUGGAUUAAUUGGCAACCAUAAAAUCUUUAUAAAUGAUCACCUAACAAUAAGAAAUAAAAUGCUGCUGACUAAGACAAAGAAAACUUCGGCAGAAAUGGAUUUAAAAUACGUUUGGGUCAAACACGCGAAGAUACACAUAAGAAAAAACGAUACUUCGCCAAUACUGGUCAUCAAGUCGGAGAAAGAUCUACAAAAAAUCACUUAAAUUAUUCACAGUUAUUAUUUAUAAAAACCGAUA